AUGAAGCUGCUGCAAGAAACUGACGAUGCAACAAGGAAGAGAAAGCUAAUGAAAUCUCAGGUGGAGAAACGUCGAAGGGAGAGAAUGAAUUGCAGUCUGGAGCGUCUGAGGACCAUGCUGCUGCAGGAGCCUCAGCAAGGAGGGAUGCAGCAGAAGGUGGAGAAAGCUGAGAUUCUGGAGCACACUGUUCUCUUCCUGCAAAAAAAUGCCAAAGAACGCAGGGAAAAGAUGGGAGGCCAGAAAUACUCCUUCCAGGACGGGUUCUCCAGCUGCCUGCAGAGGGCGUCGCAGUUCCUGGGGCCUGAAGGGAAAGGCCUCUGGCUCGGACCGGUCCUGGGCGCCACCUUCUCUGCCCGCUUCCCACGCUCACACAGCCACUCCGCAGAUGCCCUCAUCAGAACCUCCACCUCCAUGACCCACACCAAGUCCCUGCUCCACAUGCUGAGGCUGAGAUCCAGGUCCAGUCAGCAGACGCAGGCCUCAGAGGCGAGCACCUCGGCUUGGCCGCGCAGAUUCUCAGCCCAGCAGAGCUUCCCCACAAUUCCCCAGCAGCCUCAGCAGGAAAGCGGGCUGGAGAUGGGAGCGGAGAGGCCGGGGAGCAAAGAGAGCUCGUCCCAGAGCGGGACCCUCAGCCAGACUUUGUGGAGACCUUGGCCCUGA